UUGACAAAGUUUGAGACGAAGAGUAAUCGAGUGAAAGCGUUGAGUUUCCAUAGCAAGAGGCCAUGGAUCCUGGUGAGUCUUCACAGUGGCGUGAUCCAGCUCUGGGAUUACCGCAUGGGCACUCUCAUUGAUCGGUUUGAAGAGCAUGAUGGGCCCGUUCGAGGCGUUCAGUUUCAUAAAUCGCAGCCGCUUUUUGUAUCCAGAGGUGUGGUUUAUUUGUUGAAUGCUCCUCAAAUUUUAUAUUUAACUGGGCUUGAUGCUGUUGUGAAGUAUGUAUUGGAAGGCCAUGAUCGAGGCGUUGACUGGGCUUCUUUCCAUCCGACUCUCCCUUUAAUUGUUUCUGGAGCAGAUGAUCGUCAAGUUAAUCUGGCGCAUGAAUGGUAUGAAUAUACGAAGGCUUGGGAGGUGGACACAUUGAGAGGCCACAUGAACAAUGUGUCGUGUGUUCUAUUCCAUACAAGACAGGACAUCAUUGUCUCAAACUCAGAAAAUAAGAGCAUUCGAGUUUGGGAAGCGACGAAAAGAACCGACCUGCAAACAUUCCAUAGGGAGCACGACAGGUUCUGGAUCCUUGUGGCUCAUCCUGAGAUGAACCUCUUGGCUGCCGGUCAUGAUAGUGGCAUGAUUGUUUUCAAGCUCGAGAGAGAGUGCCCUGCUUUUUCUGCUAGCGGUGAUUCCCUUUUCUAUGUCAAGGACAGCUAUGGUAGAGGCGACACAGUUCAGGAUGCAGAAAUAGGAAUCGGGGGCUCGGUAGUGUUCAUCGCUCGAAACAGUACCAACACGUCAAAUAACCCAAUGACCCCCACAGUACCAACACGACAAUUUGACGUUAUGGAUACAGCUCAGAUUUUUGAUGAAGAUGUUCACACUUGGUGGCUUAUUCCGUUGGAUGCUUUAAAGGACCAGAACAAAUUUCGGUUCCAGUUGAUGUGGAGAGAUGAAAGCCAACAGGACGAACGGACCUGCUUCAACCUCGCCCUCGAGAGUGGCAACAUCGAGAAAGCACUUGAAUCUGCCAAGAGAAUAGACAAGAAGGACCAUUGGUACAGGCUGGGCGUGGAGGCCCUCCGCCAGGAGAACACCGGCAUAGUUGUGUGCGCAUACCAGAAGACCAAAAACUUUGAGCGCCUUUCCUUCCACUGCCUCAUAACUGGAAAUUCAGACAAGCUCUCCAAGAUGAUGAAGAUUGCUGAGGUGAAGAACGAUGUAAUGGGCCAGUUUCACGAUGCAUUGUAUCUCGGAGACUUGCCCGUUAGCCAGAUCUGGGUUCAGCAUUCGUCCAUGCGCCUGCUGAGCCGCCAGCUGGGCAUCACGAAUUUCGCCCCUUUGAAAUCGCAAUUUGUCGACCUAUACUCAGGUAGCCACACCUAUCUACGUGCUUUCAGCCUCUCGCUCGCGAUCGAGAGAGGCUGGAGCAAGUCGGCAAGUCCGAACGUCCUCCGGCCCUCAUCUUCAAUUUCUCGCAGCUCGAGAAACUCAAAGCUGGGUACAAGGCCACGACAGCUGGGAAAUUCUCUGAGGCCCUGUGGAACUUCCUCUCCAUCCACACGAUACCGCUGA